AUCGGGAAAAAAGAGUCAUCUCGGAGGGGCAUCUGUGUCUGUAUAGCGCCGACUGAGCACCUUUACAGAGACUUUUUUUCUAUUUUCCUGUCUAAUCUUGCAUUCGCUAAAUAUUUCUUUUCUGUCCUCCUUUCUCGUUUCUUUUUCGACAUCACAAUGGCCGACGAACCAGGUCAACCCCCCGCGCUCACAACGCUGAGUCUCGCCGACCAAGCCCCCAGCUCCCAGGCCGUCGAACAGAUCAUUACUCCCUUUGACGUUUCUGGUGGUGUCGAUGAAUCUGGAAAGCUACUUCCGGUCGACUAUGAUAAACUGGUUCGGGAAUUCGGUGCGCAUCGGAUUAGCAAGGAGCUGCUCGAGCGCUUUGAGAGAGUCACUGGUCAUCGCCCGCACCGGUUCAUGCGUCGGGGCAUUGUGUUCAGUCAUCGCGAAUUGAAUUUGAUUCUUGAUCGCUAUGAGAAGGGGCAGCCUUUCUAUCUGUAUACUGGACGGGGACCGAGUAGUGACAGUAUGCACGUGGGGCACACGAUCCCGUUCGAGUUCACCAAGUGGUUGCAGGAUGUCUUCCAGUGCCCAUUGGUCAUCAUGUUAACAGACGACGAGAAAUUCAUGCACUCGCAAAAGAUCGAGAUCGACGAUGCGAAGCGGUACGCCAAGGCAAACGCGAUGGACAUUAUCGCAGUUGGUUUCGACAUGAAGAAGACCUUCAUAUUCAGUGAUUUUGACUUCAUCGGUGGCGCCUUCUACGAGAACAUGUGCAGAAUGGCCAAGAGAAUCACAAUCAACUCCGUCCGGGGAACUUUUGGCUUCAACGACAGCAACAACGUUGGCGAGUUCCACUUCUGCGCUACCCAAUCCGCCUCUGCUUUCGCAACCAGCUUCCCGCACAUCUUCGGUACCGAUAAGAAGAAGGUCGCUUCGAUCCCCUGCCUGAUCCCUUGCGCCAUCGACCAGGACCCCUACUUCCGCCAGUGCCGUGAGCACGCCGAGAAGAUGAAGUUCAAGAAGCCUGCUCUUAUCCACUCCAUUUUCCUCCCCGCCCUGCAAGGUCCCGGCUCUAAGAUGUCCGCUUCCGUCGACACUUCCGCUAUCUUCAUGAGCGACGCAGCCAGCCGCAUCAAGAACAAGAUCAACAAGUACGCGUUCUCUGGUGGCCAGGACACCGCAGAACUGCAGCGCCAGCAUGGCGGAAACACCAAGGCAGACGUCCCCUUCCAGUACCUUACCUUCUUCUUGGAGGACGAUGACGAGCUUGAGCGUAUUCGAGUUGCGUAUGAGAAGGGAGAGAUGCUCACAGGCGAGAUCAAGCAGAGGUGCAUUGCUGAGUUACAGGAGUAUGUUAAGGGCUUCCAAGAGCGGAGAGCUCAAGUGACAGUGGAGAUCUUGGAUGAGUAUAUGAGCCAGCGGCCGUUGGAGUGGACAGGGAACCCCAACCCUAUUAAGGUUGACAAGGAGAAGAAAUAAAUGGUUACUUGACGAAUACCCUAGCUAUGCAGAAUGGAGUCACGUAUAAAAGAUCAUAUGAUAUGAUGAGGCAUGCACGAACAUUAGUGUACUAUUCCAGAUAUAGUAUCAUCAUCCAAAGCCGACAUCAACGACAGCACCUUCUCUAUCUAAAUGGAAAUUCAGUCUGUUAUGAAAGCAUGCCACCAGUCUGUCAUCGCUCUAAAAUGAGAAGCCAGGGACGCUUACCCAUCCUCUAUAAAGUCAAACCAGAUGCCCCUAUUAGGGGAUAUAACUCGGCGUCCUGCUGGGAGAUCUUCCACUACAAAUUGUAUUUAUUGAAUAAGCGUCGGUCUACAUCUUCUAUAAAAAUAACUAGUGAUAAAG